CCAAUCACGAGGCUAGAUGGCUUCACAAGAUGGCGGCGCGCGGGGAGCGUAUCAUCUGCGUUUCUAGGAGCUUCGCUGUGCGGCUGCUUUAAGAUUCUAGGAUUCCAGGGUUGUACAGGCCCACGCCAGACACGACGUGUGGCAGGAACCUCGGCCUCAGAGAUGGCUCUGAGUAAAUCAAUGCAUGCAAGAAAUAGAUACAAGGACAAACCUCCUGACUUUGCAUAUCUGGCAUCCAAAUAUCCAGAUUUUAAGCAGCAUGUUCAGAUAAAUCUGAAUGGAAGAGUGAGCCUUAAUUUUAAAGACCCCGAAGCAGUCAGAGCUCUGACUUGUACUCUCCUAAGGGAAGAUUUUGGACUUUCUAUUGAUAUUCCGUUGGAGAGACUAAUUCCCACAGUUCCCUUGAGACUCAACUAUAUUCACUGGGUAGAAGAUCUGAUCGGUCACCAGGAUUCUGACAAAAGUACUCUCCGAAGAGGAAUUGACAUAGGCACAGGGGCAUCCUGCAUCUACCCCUUACUCGGAGCAACCUUGAAUGGCUGGUAUUUCCUUGCAACAGAAGUGGAUGAUAUGUGUUUCAACUAUGCAAAGAAAAAUGUGGAACAGAAUAACUUAUCUGAUCUCAUAAAAGUGGUGAAAGUGCCACAGAAGACACUCCUGAUGGACGCUCUUAAAGAAGAAUCGGAGAUCAUCUAUGACUUUUGCAUGUGCAACCCUCCCUUUUUUGCCAAUCAAUUGGAAGCCAAGGGAGUAAACUCACGAAAUCCUCGAAGACCUCCACCUAGUUCUGUUAAUACAGGAGGUAUCACAGAGAUCAUGGCAGAAGGAGGUGAAUUAGAGUUUGUUAAAAGGAUCAUCCAUGACAGUCUACAACUUAAAAAAAGAUUAAGAUGGUAUAGCUGUAUGCUGGGAAAGAAAUGCAGCCUGGCACCUCUGAAGGAAGAGCUUCGCAUACAAGGGGUUCCUAAAGUCACCUACACUGAAUUCUGUCAAGGUCGGACAAUGAGAUGGGCCUUAGCUUGGAGUUUUUAUGAUGAUGUCACAGUACCAACCCUCAUGAUGGAUUUCAAAGUCAUUUGGAACGUUUUCAUUCUGAAUUUUCUGCAUGGAGUCAGGACAGAGUCACCACCAAGUAAGCGAAGAAAAUUAGAGAAACCACGGAAACCCAUUACAUUUGUGGUGCUGGCGUCUGUGAUGAAGGAACUAUCCCUCAAAGCAUCACCUCUGGGCUCGGAGACGGUGGAAGGCAUAGUCAUCGUCACAACAUGGAUUGAAAAAAUUCUCACUGAUUUGAAGGUCCAGCAUAAACGAGUUCCCUGUGGAAAAGAGGAAGUUAGCCUUUUCCUAACAGCCAUAGAAAACUCCUGGAUUCAUUUAAGGAGAAAGAAAAGGGAGCGAGUGAGACAACUGAGAGAAGUUCCCCGAGCUCCCGAGGACGUCAUUCAGGCCUUGGAAGAGAAAAAGGCCACCCCCAAAGAGUCUGGCAAUAGCCAAGAAUUGGCCAGGGGCCCCCAGGAGAAGACCCCCUGUGGGCCUGCUCUGUGGGAAGGCGAGCCUGCCACUGUGGAGGGCCCGUGCCCGAGCCAGGAGUCCCUGUCCCAGGAGGAAAACCCGGAACCCAUGGAGGAUGAAAGGAGUGAGGAAAAGGGAGGGGUGGAGGUUUUGGAAAGUUGUCAGGGCUCUAGCAACGGAGCACAGGACCAAGAGGCUUCUGAGCAGUUCAGCAGCCCAGUGGCUGAAAGGGGGAAACGCCUCCCAGGAGUGGCCGGACAGUACCUGUUUAAGUGUUUGAUAAACGUUAAGAAGGAGGUGGACGAUGCCUUAGUUGAGAUGCACUGGGUUGAGGGCCAGAACAGGGAUCUGAUGAACCAGCUUUGUACCUACAUACGUAACCAAAUUUUCAGGCUUGUUGCCAGUUAACUAGAAAGUUCUCGCACCGUUGGAAAUGUGUUUAUAGUAACUUGCUUUGGAGUGGCCUGUGGGGUGGCAAGAGGAAUCCUAGCAGCGGCCCAUUAGUAGCACGAUGUGGAAUUAUCUUCGAAAACAAAAACCUAUGAAUCUGUCCCCCACCUCCCCCCACCUCCUUCCCACUUUUUGAGUUACAGGGAGUCGUAGUGUGGCCGUUUACAAGGAGGAAUUGUGGUCAUCAGUAACAACAAGAAGCCCUCAGUAAACUCCCGAGGGAUUGCAAGUUGGCUCAAGCUGGCCCCCUCAGCUUUGGGCUGCUUCUGCAAGGCCAGAAGGGUUGUUUGUGGAGUCUGGGCUGGGCAGCACUGCCUAGAAUAUCAUGCUCUCUCUGUCACCCAAGGGUGUUUCUUGAGGAGGGGGGGCUCUCUGCCUCCAGUUGGAGGUCCUGUUCCAGUUGGAGGUACCCUCUUCUAGGUCACUCUUUAAGAUGGGGCCUACCUUGCAUCAGUCCCACAAAGGGAGCCGUAUGGUGCGGGGUGGGGAAUCGGGGAGAGAAACCUUAGUAAUGCUGGGAAGGAGGAGCAGAGUCUGGGGACCACCCGGUAAAUGGCACAUUCCUGACACAUGGCUGUUUUGAUGUUGCUUAUUUCAGAAGCAGAAUUAGGUAAGCAAAACUCCCAGGCGUGACUGAGGCACACAGAAGGCACCCAUACCCCCACCUCCAGCCUGUUGACAGUACCAUUUUGUAGCAGUUUUACUACUGUAUGAUUUUUGUUCGGACAUUUGAAGUAGAGCUUGUUUUGUUUUUAAUAUAAGAAUAUUCACAAAUUAAAAACCAGCGGUCCUAUUUGAAUCCUGGGGUUAGCUGAUGACAGAAAUGAGAAAUGGAACAAAAUAGUAUGUGCUGUAGGUAGCUUAAGAAAGUCUCAGAUAUUUUGUUGCUGAUCAAAUACUGUUUUUUUGUGGCUUCACUUGUAAUCCCCCCUGUACUUAACCUACUCACAUUGGAGAGUUCUGAGGCUGGGGUAACCAUGUCCUUAAAACACGUUUCUAAUUGGAAUGCCAGGGUUCAGUAGCAAUCCCCCCAGAAAAGGGGUGACCUUCUGCUGCGCUUGACUUUAACAGCUUGAUGUUGCAUCAGCAGCCGAGGGUUCUAUUUAGACUAAAAUCUUUGCCAGAGCUCCUUGCCAUCUGCUAAGAAGACUGAGUAGUUAAGCCAGCCUUCUGAGAGGUGGCUGUUGGUGAGGACAGGAAGCUGGUGACCUUGGCAUAUCUUGGCAGCACUUGGAUCGGGCCCUCGGCAGAGACACAGGAAGUGGAACUACUGUGCUUUAAUUUGGCUGUGGAGCUGGAGCUAGAGAAGACAGCAUACUGACCAGUGGCUUUUUGAUUGUUUGUUUGUUAUGAGAUGGAGUUUCACUCUUGUUGUCUAGGCUGGAGUGCAGUGGCGCAAUCUCAGCUCACUGCAACCCCCGCCUCCCGGGUUCAAGCAAUUCUCCUGCCUCAGCCUCCUGAGUAGCUGGAAUUACAGGCACGUGCCACCAUGCCUGGCUAAUUCUGUGUUUUUGGUAGAGAUGGGAUUUCACCAUGUUGGCCAGGCUAAUCUUGAACUCAUGAUCUCAGGUGAUCCGCCCACCUUGGCCCCCCAAAGUGCUGGGAUUACAGCUGUGAGCCACCACUUCCAGCCUCUGACCAGUGUUCUUAACCUGGUCCGUGGACCUCCAGAGAGUCCAUAUACCUCCUAGAGUUACUUCUAAAAGCUCUGUGAGCAUGUGUGUGUGUUUUUCCUGGAGAGAGGGUUCCCAGAACCCUCAGACAUAGACAAAGGGGUCAAUAACCCACUAAGGAUUAAGAAUCAUUAUUCUAGUCCAAGCAUUCACGUGUCAGGCUGCAAAAAACAAUACCCAGGGUCACACAGAGCCAAGACUCAAUUCAGGACCGUGGAUUCCCCUGGUCUAGAAAUUUUCUACUGUGCUAGCCCACACCAUCCCACUAUCCUUACCUCGAGUGAAUAUCACAUUUGAGUCAUUUGCUGGACCCAAACCUAGUUUCCUUGGUAUAAUUUUAGGAUAAUUGUUUAAGUGGCAACUAUUCAUUCAGUAAGUAGUAAGUACUUAUUGUUUGCUUGUUUCAUUAUGAAAGAGUGGCACAUGCUCAUUAAAGAUUUGGAAAAAUGAAAGUCGAAACAACAAAAUCACCCCUAGUCCCAACCUUCUGUGACAUAACCACUCUUGGUAUUGGCGCAUUGCUUUCCAGUCUCUCUGUAGACAGGGUGUGUGAGUGUGUGGGUUUAACUGGUGGUACUCAUGCUGCAUAUUCAGUUUUAUAUUCUGGUCCUUUUUUCAUUUAACAUCUUACAAGUAUUUUUCCGUGUUCUAACACUAGUGUAUUGACUUACACUCCUUGCCUGUUCAAAAUGUCUUUCAGGCACAGCACUGGCCUUUAAGUCUGUGUCUUAGGGAUUUCCAGAGAAUGCUCUGUGUAUUGAGGCACAGAAGGUGUUUCUGUGUCUUAGUGUGUUGCUGUCCCUAGGUUUAAGGCUUCCUGUCAUGGAGGAGAUUUCAUAGAUGUUAAGCUAAUGACCUUAGAGUUUUAAAAAAUCCGUGACCGUGGCUGGGCGCAGUGGCUCACGCCUGUAAUCCCAGCACUGUGAGGCUGAGGCGGGCGCAUCACAUGAGGUCAGGAGUUCGAGACCAGCCUGGCCAACAUGGCGAAACCCCGUCUCUACUCAAAAUACAAAAAUGAGCCAGGCAUGAUAGCGCGCACCUGUAAUUCCAGCUACUCGGGAGGCUGAGGCAGGAGACUCAUUUGAACCUGGGAGGCAGAGGUUGCAGUGAGCCGAGAACGCCACUGCACUACAGCCUGGGCGACAGAGUGAGACUGUCUCCAAAAAAAAAAAAGAAAAGAACAGAACCCGUGAGCAGGCCGGCUUUCAGUCUGGAGCCGAGUGCCUUCUGUGCAUUUAGAUGUUUCCAUUUCCUUCCCUGAGAAGAUUUUCUCAGGCUGCCUAGUGAGAGAACAUUGAAAAUAUUUUUAAAGGACAUCUAAACAUUGUUUUGGUCAUGCAUAUGCUUUAUAAUUGUGUGUUGUUUCACAGCAUAUACCUUUGGCACAGGUGGGCAAGUUUUUCUUUGAAGAAAUAGGUUAUUGACUCAUAUGUCAUAAUCUUGAGUGUUACUCUCCUGAAGUGUCCAGAGGUCACAUUCAUGUUGUUGGGUUGGUAUGAAAUUAAAUCUUUGUGGUGUGACCCUAAAUUCACUUCUGGUCCCUAGAAUCGGCUUCUGGUCUCCUGAUAACUGAAGUGGAGACAGAAGCUGACAGAAGCUGAGCCUGUUUUCCAGGCAAACUAAAGCUGCUUUUGUGCUUCGGAAUCUGCUUUGUCUCCGUCAGCCUGGUUCCUUCCCCACACAUGCUGGCCGCACUGUCCCCACUCCAGACCUCUGCUGCGUGUCCUGGCAGGGCCGCGGCUCUGCAGUGGCCUUUCAACUCAUCCUAAGCUUCGUGUAGAUUAGUAUAUAUUUUUUAUAAAACAUAAAGCCUUUCCUCUCGAUGGAAAUCAAAGCUUACCAUGUGAGCACUCGAACUUCUAAGUUCUGACAGGAAUAACAAAACUGCAAGAAGUGGAAAAGAUGGAAAAGCCUGGGGGAAAUCCGAGGCCUUUUGAAAGAAGGGAGCCGAUGACUUCAUGACCAGCUCCUGGAGCCCCCCGCCUUUCUGCUGAAGCCGCGGCAUUUCCCUCCGUGGCCACACGAGGGCACCCUUGGCCCUUUUAUCAAAGCGCCUUCACUUCCCCGUGGGAAUGGAGACGAUUCUGUCCAUGGUGUUUGCUUGAAAUACCCAGUUGCUACCUAGAUUUGUAUUUUUAUGUAAACAAAUACAUUUUCACAGAAAUAAGAUUUGAAAAAUAAAAGUAGAAAGAGAAAAAAA